AUGCGUGCGGCUGACGAGCGAGAAGAGCUGAGUCUUCCAGUUCCUGACGACUGCGAUGGCAGGGUCAUAGGAAGCACCCUGCAGGAGGACCCAAGUGAGGACCAAAGUGAAGAAAACAGGGUGGAAGGUGCACAGUCACAAGUUGCCGAGUUUGUUUCACACAUGGACCUUGCAAGCCCCGAGGUUCUGAGGGUGACGCCCGCUUGCGAGGCCUUCAGAAACUGCUUUCAAGCUUUGCGCGGCGCAGGGGGUGACCUUCACUUCAAGAGCCACCGGAGCGACAAGAUUGGCGCCUUUUGGAGCCAUUCCUGGCAUGGGAAGACCUGGAAGAAGAUUCUGACUCUGGUCACUAUUUACAACGGCCAGGCAGCUAUCAUGUUGGGCAUGCUCGUUGCUGUUGUGAUGAUGGUUUUGUUCUGUGUCCUGGGUCUCCCUGAUUACCACCGUGAUGGAAACAGGAACACGGAACGCUGGUCGGUGUGGUCUACGUGGUCUGGUAUCCUGGUCACUUUUCUGGCAGCGAUCUUUUAUCGGCCUCAGACUCGUGUCUUCUUCGACCGCAUCUGCAUCAGUCAAAGCAACAGAGAACUGAAAUUGAAAGGUGUCAUUAGUCUGGCCGGGCUGCUGCGAAGGUCGGAUUCGAUGCUUAUUCUUUGGGAUUCAACAUGGACUACAAGGUUAUGGUGCUUGUUCGAAUUGGCGGCCUUCUUGAAAAGCAGGGAAGAUGAAGUUCACCAGAAGCUGAUCAUCACACCAACCCUUUGGGGGCCAGUUCACAGUGUAAUGUUCUUGACUGUCAGCGCGGGCGCGAUUACUGGCGUCAUGGCGCCCUAUGCGCGGAAUUCUCUAUCGAGUCCGCAGGAUUAUUUCCUUGAUUCAACUUUUGUUAGUGGGGUCGUUGUCCUGGUGGUUGGCUACGCGAUUACGAGCACCUUGCGAAGCUAUUUUCGAGACUUAGACACUAUGAGGCAGCAAUUGAUGUCCAUCUCCUUCGAUACUGCUCUGUGCCAGUGCUGCACCAGCAACCACGUCGCACCAUCCGGUGCUCGUAGGAUGUGUGAUCGGAAGAUAUUGGGGGAAUGUGUGAGCAUGUGGUUCGGUAGCUUGGCAUCGUUUGAGGGCACGUUGCGCUCUGAAGUUCUGGAGCUUUUGGCACGGGACCUUGAGCAAGUUCUGACCACUCGAUCAACGAUCGCCGUAUUUUCUCCACUGAUGUGGGCCUUCAUGGAUUAUGCCGCUUCCUUUUCAAGGACUGAAGGGCGCUUCUGGAAUCACCACUCCACGAUUGCACUCGCAGAUGGUUUGGUGGUUUGGAUCGUGGCCGUGCCAGCGUUAAAAAACUGGGUCCUGCUUGUUUGCAAGCUUGCACGGGCGAGGCCACGAAAUUGGUUCCUCGAAGGCAUGAAAAACUCACUGGUUGUACUUAUAGUUCUGAUUUCGCCGGUGACCCUUGGGCUAAGAUUGUUGGCAUAUGAUCUUCACAUGCUGUCUUCGCUGGGCCAAGCGGGAGUGGUCAUUGCCGCCACGCUGCUCCAUGCCAUCUUCUUCUGCUGCCUUAGCGUUGCCCUGAAGGCUUUCCUUGGGACCAGGGUUUAG